AUGUCGUCGAAUGUGGGGAAUGAAUCACUAGGGCAUCAGUCGACGCUAACACGACGACCUUCGCGUAGUGCUGCCAACACUGUGUUCUCCAUGGAGGUGUUCGAUAACGAAGUUGUCCCAUCGUCCCUCCAGUCAAUUGCCCCUAUCCUCCGCGUCGCCACUGAGAUCGAGGCUGAUCGCCCUCGUGUUGCAUACCUGUGGCAGUUAUCGGCCAUUUUGAAAGAAGUAGUGGAGCAUUUGGCAAUAGGUCAUAAAUUGGGUUACUGUGCCAAUAAGCAAGUUUUAGUUAUUACCGUUGCUAUUUUGUUUGAGUUACAUGAGCCUCGUGCACAUUGCUCUGCCACUCCACAAUUACAUAAACAGAGUUCUUUACGCGUUGAAGGUCGAUUCUAUGCGCUGGAGAAGGCACACCGACUGGACCCAAGCUCCAGCGGCCGUGGUGUUCGACAGUUCAAGACUGGCCUCCUUCAGAGAUUGGAGAGGGAUAAUAACUCUAGUCUUCCUGCUCGUGUCAAAAAGACCGAUGCUCGGGAAAUUGAGAGCUUCUACAAACAAUACUACGAGAAAUAUGUUGUGGCACUUAGCAAGGGGGAACAAGCGGAUAGAGCUCAGCUUGGCAAAGCUUACCAGGCAGCCGGUGUGCUCUUUGAGGUGCUUUGUGCUGUUAACAAGACUGAAAAAGUCGAGGAAGUUGCUCCAGAGAUUAUGGCUGCAGCAAAUGAUGUCCAAACAAAGAAGGAAAUCUAUGCUCCAUAUAACAUUCUUCCCCUAGAUUCUGCUGGGGCAUCGCAAUCCAUCAUGCAGCUUGAAGAGGUCAAAGCUUCUGUAGCUGCUUUGUGGAACACACGAGGCUUAAGCUGGCCAGCCUCAUUUGAACAGCAGAGACAGAAAGCAGGGGAGUUGGACCUUCUUGAUUGGCUGAGGGCCAUGUUUGGGUUUCAGAGGGACAAUGUCAGGAACCAGAGGGAGCAUUUGAUUUUAUUGCUCGCAAAUAUUCAUACAAGGCUCAUCCCCAAGCCCGAACCAUUAAACAAACUUGAUGAUCGAGCUGUCGAUGCACUUAUGAACAAGCUUUUCAAGAACUACAAAACAUGGUGUAAAUACUUGGGAAGAAAACACAGCUUAAGGCUCCCUCAAGCCCAGCAGGACGUGCAACAGCGAAAGAUACUUUACAUGGGCCUUUAUCUUCUUAUCUGGGGUGAAGCAGCUAAUGUACGCUUCAUGCCAGAGUGCCUAUGCUACAUUUUCCAUAAUAUGGCAUAUGAACUUCAUGGUCUCUUAGCUGGCAAUGUCAGCAUUGUUACUGGUGAAAAUAUCAAACCUUCUUAUGGCGGAGAUGACGAAGCUUUCUUGCGGAAAGUUAUAACACCCAUUUAUCGAGUGAUUGAAAGGGAAACCCAGAAAAGCCAAAAUGGGAAAGCCCCUCACUUAGCCUGGUGCAAUUAUGAUGAUCUGAACGAGUAUUUCUGGUCAUUAGAUUGCUUCUCUCUUGGUUGGCCAAUGAGCGAUGGGGGUGAAUUUUUCAAGUCCACACAAGUUUCAGCAAAGGGGAAGAAAGCUCCUCAAAAAAAGCCAGGAACGAUGGGGAAAUCAUUUUUUGUCGAAACCCGGAGCUUUUGGCAUAACUUUCGAAGUUUUGAUCGUCUCUGGACAUUUUUUAUACUUGCUCUUCAGGCCAUGAUUAUCAUCGCAUGGAGUGAUGUUUCUAUAUUAGAUAUUUUCCAGAAGAAUGUCUUGUAUGACUUGUCGAGCAUUUUUAUUACGGCGGCCUUUCUUCGCUUCCUUCAGAGUAUGUUGGACAUCAUUCUAAACUUCCCAGCGUAUCUUAGAUGGAAGUUCACUGAUGUAUUGAGGAACAUUCUCAAGAUAAUUGUCAGCCUUGCUUGGUCCAUCGCCCUUCCAAUAUGCUAUGCGCACCAAAAGAAUUCAUUUUCAUUUGGCAAGAUCAAAGAUAUUCUCUCCUUCCUAGAUAAGGUUAAGGGAGUGCCUCCUUUGUAUCUCAUGGCUGUAGCUGUAUAUUUUCUACCAAAUCUACUGGCAGUGGUUUUGUUUCUUUUCCCAAUGCUACGACGUUGGAUUGAGAACUCGGAUUGGCUUAUUGUGAGGUUUUUCCUAUGGUGGUCGCAGCCUAGGAUCUAUGUGGGAAGGGGAAUGCAUGAAAGUCAGUUUGCACUAAUCAAGUACACUAUCUUUUGGGUACUACUUUUAUGUUCAAAAUUUGCAUUUAGCUAUUUUGUCCAGAUAAAACCUCUGGUGAAGCCCACUAAAGAUAUAAUGAGAAUCCGCCAUGUCACAUUUGCUUGGCAUGAGUUAUUCCCAGAUGCUAAGCACAACUACAGUGCUGUUCUUUCACUUUGGGCGCCAGUUAUCUUGGUUUAUUUUAUGGAUCCUCAGAUCUGGUAUGCCAUAUACUCCACCAUAUAUGGAGGUUUUAUUGGCGCCUUUGAUCGUCUCGGCGAGAUACGAACUCUGAGCAUGCUAAGGUCACGGUUCCAGUCUUUACCUGGUGCAUUCAACACUUUUCUAGUACCUUCUGACAAAAAGAGGAAGAGAGGGUUUUUUCUCUCAAAGAACUUUAAUGAGGGUUCAACAAGCAAGAGAAGUGAAGCUGCUAAAUUUGCUCAGUUAUGGAAUGAAAUAAUAAGUAGCUUCCGUGAAGAAGAUCUCAUAAGCGACAGGAAAUGA